CAGGACACCAGGCUCCGCCCCCCAGCUUAUUGCUGACAAGAUGGCGGCGGCGGCGGCGGCGGCGGCGGCGGAGUGCAGAGUGCUGGCUUACACUGUGUACAAGUGGAGCUCCUUCUCAUCCAGCUACCUGCCUGAGAACAUUUUAGUGGAUAAACCCAAUGAUCAAUCUUCGAGAUGGUCUUCAGAAAGCAAUUAUCCCCCUCAGUACCUAAUUUUAAAGUUGGAAAGGCAAGCCAUCGUUCAAAGCAUUACAUUUGGAAAAUAUGAGAAGACGCAUGUCUGCAACUUGAAGAAGUUCAAAGUGUUUGGUGGAAUGAAUGAAGAAAACAUGACAGAACUUUUAUCUAGUGGUUUAAAGAAUGAUUACAACAAAGAAACAUUCACCUUGAAGCAUAAAAUUGACGAGCAGAUGUUUCCAUGUCGAUUUAUUAAAAUAGUUCCUCUCUUGUCCUGGGGACCAAGCUUUAACUUUAGCAUUUGGUACGUUGAAAUCAAUGGUAUUGAUGAACCAGAUGUGGUACAGCCGUGUCUCCAUUGGUACAGCAAGUACCGUGAACAGGAAGCUAUUCGCCUUUGCCUAAAACAUUUCCGACAGCACAACUACACAGAAGCAUUUGAAUCCUUACAGAAGAAAACCAAAAUUGCCUUGGAGCACCCAAUGUUAACAGAGCUGCAUGACAAGCUCGUACUGAAAGGGGACUUUGAUGGUAGUGAGGAGUUGAUUGAAAAGGCAGUGAAUGAUGGUCUCUUCAGCCAGUACAUCAGUCAGCAGGAAUAUAAACCACAGUGGAACCAGAUAAUCCCCAAAUGCACUAAAGGUGAUGGAGAAGAUAGUAGGCCAGGAAUGAGAGGUGGACAUCAGAUGGUCAUUGAUGUGCAAUCUGAGACGGUGUAUUUAUUUGGUGGUUGGGAUGGAACUCAGGAUCUGGCUGACUUCUGGGCAUACAGUGUCCGUGACAAUCAGUGGGUCUGCAUAUCUAGAGAUACAGAGAAAGAGAAUGGCCCAAGUGCAAGAUCUUGUCACAAGAUGUGCAUUGAUACACAGAGAAGGCAGAUUUAUACUCUAGGCAGAUAUCUGGACUCCUCAGUUCGAAACAGCAAGUCACUGAAAAGCGAUUUCUACCGCUAUGAUAUCGACACCAACACAUGGUCACUACUAAGUGAAGAUACUGCUGCAGAUGGAGGACCAAAACUAGUGUUUGAUCAUCAGAUGUGUAUGGAUUCUGAAAAGCACAUGAUAUACACUUUUGGAGGGCGUAUCUUGACGUGUAAUGGCAGUGUGGAUGACAGCAGGGCCACAGAGCCGCAGUUUAGUGGACUCUAUGCUUUUGAUUGCCAAACACGGACGUGGAAACUUCUUCGAGAAGACUCAUGCAAUGCUGGGCCAGAGGACAUACAGUCCCGCAUAGGACACUGUAUGCUAUUUCAUUCAAAAAAUCGCUGUUUGUAUGUGUUUGGAGGACAGAGGUCAAAGACGUACUUGAAUGACUUUUUCAGUUAUGAAGUUGACAAUGACCAUGUGGAAAUCAUAUCAGAUGGCACCAAAAAAGACUCUGGCAUGGUCCCUAUGACUGGAUUCACUCAAAGAGCCACCAUUGAUCCAGAGUUGAAUGAAAUCCAUGUAUUAUCGGGUCUCAGUAAAGAUAAAGAAAAGCGUGAGGAAAAUGUCAGAAACUCUUUUUGGAUAUAUGACAUUAUUCGUAAUAGCUGGUCCUGUGUCUACAAGAAUGAUCAAGCAUCAAAAGAAAACCCAAAUAAAAGCCUUCAGGAAGAAGAGCCUUGCCCUAGAUUUGCACACCAAUUAGUUUAUGAUGAAUUGCACAAGGUCCACUACUUGUUUGGGGGGAACCCUGGAAAGUCCUGCUCCCCAAAGAUGAGGUUGGAUGACUUCUGGUCGUUAAAGCUGUGCCGACCUUCCAAAGAGUACUUGCUGAGACACUGUAAAUACUUAAUUCGAAAAAACAGGUUUGAGGAGCGUGCCCUAACAGAACCCCUUAGUGCACUAAAGUACUUGCAGAAUGAUUUGUUUGUCACAGUCGAUCACUCUGAUCCUGAAGAGACUAAAGAGUUUCAACUUCUUCCAUCUGCGCUUUUUAAAUCCAGCAAAGAUUUGGCCCCUCUGGGUCUCUCCGAUGUCGAUCACACUUAUUCUCAGAGGACACAACUCUUUGAUACUCUUGUCAACUUCUUCCCAGACAGUAUGACUCCUCCAAAGGGCAACCUGGUUGAUCUAAUUACACUGUGAAAAUGAUUCCCAGGACUGAGAAGAAACAUAAAAGACUGAUAAACUACACUUUUUUUUUUUUUUUUCUCUUGGGGGGGUUUGUUUAUUUUUGUAAUUCGCACUGGAGCUGUAUAAAUGGACUGCAAUAAGUGCACAAGAGAGUAUUUAGUGCUGGCAUGGUAGAUACCUGUUUUCAUAGAGAUAACCUGAUUACAACUUUCUGUCAGGAAGACUGGCAGUAGAAUUUGAUUUUUUUAUUUCUCCUCCAAAGUUUUGUUUUAGUUUUAAAUUUAAGAUUUUUGUUUUAUAUGUAUAUAUAUAAUCCCAACUAUUCCUCA